CUCACCAGAACCACUGCCUUUGUAAUGCGUGGCUACGAAGCUACACCGCUCAAAGCAUGCCGGCCAUGCUCCAAGGCCAAGGUCCGGUGCGACCCCGGGCCAAGCCAAGCGUGUCAGAGAUGCCAUCGACUGAGAAAAGAAUGCACCAAGCAAGCCCCCGGAGCUCAUAGUCUCGGUCGGCCCAAAGCUUUGUCAGACGUAGGCCGGUUGGAGAGGAAACUGGAUAACAUGACCACGCUGUUGCGAGCUUCGCAACAGCCCAGGGGUGGCAUCGUCUCCAACUCGGGCUACUUGUCCCCAGCGGGUGCGGUUCCGGUUCCGGGGUCAGGCUCCCCGAAGGAAGCCAAUCCGCACGAGGCAAUCGAGAUCUUCCACCGGCAAAUGGCGAUCCGAUUCCCCUUCGUCUUGUGCUCGCCUUCUAUGUCGCGUGAUGAGCUGCGCGUCCAGAAGCCGUUUGUAUAUAUGGUUAUGUCCAUGAUUGGCUGCCAGGAUCAGGACGCGCAGUUGGCACUCGCUGACCAGGCGAGGGCGUAUCUGCUUGAGCGUGUGCUGGGGAACGGGGAGUCGAGUCUGGAUCUCUUCCAGGGAUUUCUGCUUUUUGUGGCAUGGGCGCAUAUCUACGUCCCGAUGCCAGAGCUAUGGUGCAACUACCUUCAUCUGCUGGUGGCGCAGAGCAAGAACCUUGGCUUGGCCCGGGACGUGUCGAGCGGGGCGCCCAUCUCUGUAUUGUCCUACAUGAAGUGCAGGCAGUUCGAGCGGCCGACCGGACCCGCUCGGUCUCUGGAGGAGCGGAAGGCGUAUCUGGGGUGCUACUAUGUUGUGACUAUGAUCUCAAUGUAUCUCGGCGAGUCCGAGCCGAUGCAUUACACAACCUACAUGGAAGAGAGCUACCAGGUCCUCAAGGCAGCCGCGCAGACAGAAUCCGAUCGAUACCUGCUGUGUCUCGUGGACAUCGCCCGCCUGGCCGACAGGAUUCACCGCACCCUCCAGCCAGACAGUCUCAACAGCCCAUCCAAUGAGGCAGCGUCUUUCCCUCGGGGAAUCGCCAUCCGCUGGCUGCGACGGGAGCUCGAGCAGCUCAAACCCGCGCUUGCAUUUAGUGAUCCCGUGCAAUCCUCAUUCCUCCUCCUCCAAUACCACAACCUCGAACUCUUCAUCUACCGCACCGCCCUCCGCCGCGACCCAACCUCAAGAGAAUGCAGCUACCCGCCCACCCGCCUCACAAUCCUACACAACUGCCUCCACUCCGCCAAGGCCUUCUUCGACGCCUUCUUCGCCGUCCCCUCCGCUGCUUUCUUUCAAAUGCCGUACGUCUUCUACUGCCAACUCGGUCACGCCUUCCUUAUCCUCUCGCAGCUCUCGGUCUACGAUGACGAGGACGACGACCCUAACACCCCAGAAAGAGCAUUAUGGGACCGCGACUACGCCCGCGGCGUGAUCGAUUGGCAUGCGACGGCCGAUACGCUCACGCAGAAGAUCGAGGAGGCGGUGCGCGUGGCGCGCGAGGAACGCAUUCUGGUGCCGAAGAUAUUUGGGAAGAUCGCCGUACGGCUCUCGUGGUGGAGGGAGGCUCAUGCAAGGCAGGAGGAGGCGUUACGGUUGAGGUUGAGGCAGAGGGCGGAGGGGGAUGUCCGGCCGCCGACGCCGGAUAUGGGCUCUCGGAUGGAUGAUUUUGGGAUGGAGGAGUUGGUGUCUGGUUUGGGUUUGGAGGAUUUGUUUAUGGUAGGGCCUAUGUGGGAGUUUUUCCCUUUCUAACCCUUGGGUUGGUUGUAGAGGGUAUUGGUUGGGGGACUUGGGGUUGACGGUACUAAAUGUUGGGUUUUUUAGAAUAUAUAAUUGUGAGUAUAGCUGAUAUGAGAUAUUCGGUUGAGCUUGUG